UGAUUAUUCACUCUUCUAGUAGGCGUUUCUUUCAACUUUCAACCAGCUUUUGAAUGUCUUGGAGAAGUAUUUUGUUAACCACUCCGUGACAGAGGUUUUGUGCGGAGAUUCCAAUUCUGGAUUGUUACUCGGACACCCAUGUUCCAUAUUCGGUUGAUUUUGUUCAUAUGGUCAAGAUGGGUUAUUUUUUGCUUCUUGUUGUUCCUGCUAGUUAUUUAUGGGUCUUCUUCCUAGUGCGAGUGUUUUCCUCGUUAUUGUGUCGAGUGGGUUGUGAUUAUUGUGAAGAUUGAUAUUGUAGCUUGUGACCCAUGCAUUUUUUUCUGUAUGAGAAAUAUUGGGUUUAUUAAUGAACUUAUCGACAGUUUCUUAUUGUGUUUCUGCAAAUUAUGGUUUGAAAUUAGUCGCCCACCAAGUGUUCGAUUUUUUGCUGGACCCAUUUACAUUACUAAAUUCAAAACUCUUUAAUGAAGUACGUUAGAUUUCGAUUCUGGAUAUUUGAUUUGAUGAUGCUAGAAGCUCAAAAUCUGAACCAAGGGGAUCAUACAAGCCAUCACAUUACAUGAUUUUUCCUACAAUACUUAUUUUGCAUUGUCCAUUUUGUUGUUAUCUUUCUUAGAACCCAAGAAAAAUUAUUGCAAACGCACUCCUGUUUGUUAUUAAUUGGCAUGGCCUAAUGUAGCUAGCCAGUCAAAACAAAGGGAAACAUAUAUCUUUAUGACAGCUAGUUCUUUCCAUGUUUUUGGACAAGACCACCAGAUAGAGGCAUCAUGUUCUUCAAAUUUUGUAGUUGAUUUCUGACCCUGUAUUCCCAAAAUCCUAUUUAUAGUCUUUAUCGGAGAUUAGAUAUUUGGAUAAUCUUAGAAUAUGGAGUUGUCUAAACAUGUAACUUUUGAGAGGUCAUAGUUGAAAUCGCAUUUUUUGUUGCAGAAGAUGAGGUCUUAAAUUUAGCUGAUUGAUUGUAUAAUAUAGAUGCUUGAUUGUCUAUAUAAGCAUCCAACAUCUGCUUGAGAGGGUCAAGGCCCAGGCCUCCAUGUAGAUUGGCUUGGGAUUCUUGCUAUUUUUUUUUUUCUUUUUCUGUUCUUCAUUGUCUGUUGUUUGCUGAAAGAAUAUAUAUAUUUAUUCAAAAACCACAUAGAAAAAAAGAAAAAAGAAAAAAAAAGGUGUUUGUUUUGAAUAUAUUCAAGAUGUCGCGUUCUUGGCUUGUUCUUCUUUCAAGUUUAGCAUUGCUAUACUGCUGCUCAGCAACAACAGUCGAAUAUGAUUCCAAUGCCAUCAUCCUCGAUGGCGAACGGAAAAUUAUUUUCGCCGGUGCAAUCCAUUAUCCACGGAGCACACCUGAGAUGUGGCCAGAUCUGUUUCGGAAGGCAAAGGAAGGUGGAAUUGAUGCUGUUGAAACGUAUGUCUUUUGGGAUCGCCAUGAGCCUCGCCGUCGUGUGUAUGAUUUCUCGGGAAAUCUGGACUUUGUAAAGUUUUUCAAGCUCGCUCAAGAGGCUGGACUUUAUGUCAUUCUUCGGAUUGGACCUUAUGUCUGUGCUGAAUGGACUUAUGGAGGAUUCCCAAUGUGGCUGCACAGUAUACCAGGGAUCGAAUUGAGGACAGAUAAUGAGAUCUACAAGAAUGAAAUGCAAAUUUUCACCACGAAGAUUGUGAACAUAUGCAAAGAAAACAAGCUUUUUGCUCCACAGGGAGGACCUAUCAUUCUUGCACAGAUUGAGAAUGAGUAUGGAAAUAUCAUGGGAGGUUAUGGCGAUGCAGGAAAAUCAUACAUCAAAUGGUCCGCACAGAUGGCGACAGCUCAAAACAUUGGUGUUCCAUGGAUUAUGUGCCAACAAAGUGAUGCUCCAGCACCAAUGAUCAAUACAUGCAACGGGUUUUAUUGUGACUUCAACUUUCAUCCAAACAAUCCCAAGAAUCCAAAAAUGUUCACUGAAAACUGGACUGGAUGGUUCAAGCUUUGGGGAGGAAAAGAUCCUUACAGAACUGCUGAAGACCUGGCCUAUUCAGUUGCACGCUUUGUCCAAUCUGGAGGUGUCUUGAAUAACUAUUAUAUGUAUCAUGGAGGAACAAACUUCGGACGCACAGCAGGAGGGCCAUAUAUCACUACUUCUUAUGAUUACAAUGCUCCUCUUGAUGAAUAUGGAAAUCUGAAUCAGCCCAAGUGGGGACAUCUCAAGCAACUCCAUGAAGCUAUCAAAGUGGGCGAGAAAAUUCUGACAAAUGGCACAACAAAAUCCGAGCAAAAGGCGAACGAUGUUUAUCUGACCACCUACACAAAUUCUUCUGGAGCAAAAUUCUGUUUCUUAAGCAACACAGACAAGUCGAACGAUGCCAAUAUCGACUUGGGACAGGAUGGAAAAUUUACUGUACCAGCUUGGUCUGUCAGUAUUCUUAAAGAUUGCAACAAGGAGAUCUACAGCACUGCAAAGGUUAACAGCCAAACCUCUUUGAUGAUUAAGACACUACCUGAGCAUGACAAACCUGCUGCACUCUCCUGGUCUUGGGCACCAGAGGCCAUGAAGGACACCCUCCAAGGAACGGGUAGAUUCAGAGCAAAUCAGCUUCUUGACCAAAAAGAAGCCACUUCAGAUGCUAGUGACUACUUGUGGUACAUGACCAGUGCUAAUAUCAAUGAGGCAUUACUGAAAAAUGCAACUCUGCGUGUUAACACAAGAGGGCAUGUUCUGCAUGCUUAUGUUAACAGGAGGCUGAUAGGUUCCCAGUUCUCCAGGCAAGCCAAUGGUCAACAAUCUGUCAAGGGAGAUGACUACAGUUUCAUUUUCGAGAAGCCGAUUUCUCUGAAAUCUGGGGCUAAUGUUAUAUCUCUUCUCAGUGCCACAGUUGGAUUGACGAAUUAUGGUCAACAUUUUGAUCUGAAAGCUGUUGGCAUAGCAAAUGGAUCAGUUCAAAUCGUCCAAAAUGGGAAUGUGUUGAUGGAUUUAUCAUCAAAUCAAUGGUCUUACAAGGUCGGGUUGAAUGGAGAGGCCAAGCAUCUCCAUGAUCCAAAUUCAAUCCAUAAUAAUGUCUGGAGCGCAUCACAGAAAGUCCCCGCAGGAAGACCCAUGACUUGGUAUAAGACCACCUUCACUGCUCCUUCAGGCACAGACCCAGUUGUGGUGGACUUGCUAGGCAUGGGCAAGGGACAUGCCUGGGUGAAUGGGAAUAGUCUUGGGCGCUUCUGGCCUUCGCAGGUAUCUAGCCAGGAUGGUUGUGGCUCAUGUGAUUACCGCGGAAAGUAUAAUGGUGGCAAAUGUCCUACUAAUUGUGGCAAUCCUAGUCAAAGAUGGUACCAUGUUCCAAGAUCAUUCCUCAACAAAAAUGGCCCGAACACAUUGAUUAUGUUCGAAGAAGUUGGCGGAAAUCCUUCAAAUGUGACCUUCCAGACUGUAACUGUUGGAACUGUUUGUGGAAAUGCUUAUGAAGGUAGCACAUUGGAAUUGUCAUGCCAAGGCGGGCGAACCAUCUCGGACAUCCAGUUUGUCAGCUUUGGUGAUCCACAGGGGACUUGCGGCUCAUUCCAGAGAGGCUCUUUUGAGGCCACUCACUCAUUGGCUCCAGUGGAAAAGGCAUGUGUUGGGAGAGGAAGUUGUUUGAUCAUGGUAUCAGAUGUAACAUUUGGAGUCAAAAACAUUGGCAAUGAGCAUAGGCUGGCAGUGCAAGCAGUAUGCGAGUAAAGAAGAAGAAGAAGAAGAAGAAGAAGAUGAAGCUGUAGAAGAGAAGGAAAAAAUAAAAUUUAAAGCUUGAGAAGUUGUGCUUCAUGAGCAGAUGUGUAGUUGUGUACACAAUUCAAUGACUAAAAAUAAAAAGAAGCUCUAUUGAAGUU